AUGGAAUGCCUUGAUGAGACUGAUAACCCUGAAUACUGUGAUAAGAAUAGAAUAAGGGCCGAAAAGAACGAACCCGAAACCCAUAUGAGUCGUCUGAAAAUCCCGCUCCAUGAAAGCGAUGACGAAGUCAAAAGUCACACCAAAAGCGAAUCUAAUGGAAUAGGUGUUGGAAAAGACAAACCAACCGAUAGUUGUGAAACUUUGGAAGUCAUAAAUAUAGAGUGGAAGAAAAAAGUCGAAUCAUUUAAGACCCGUUUUAAUGUAAUUAAACGUGAUGAAAGCCCAGUGAAACGAAAGAAUAGUGUUAUUGAAGAGACGUAUGAAAAUGAUCAGGAAGUUGUUGGUGCUUGUAGAGUUUGGAUGUUGAAAGUCGAAAAUAUCAGAGGUGUGAAGUCAGUGAAGGGACGUGGACUAAGCAAUAAUGAUAUCCAAGAAAUGUGCAGUACCUGGAUGGAUGAGGAUAGUGGUAUCAUCCCAUCGUUCAGCAAUAAUAAAGUGAAUAUUAAGGUUAAAAGGGUGCAGAUGAAUAAACGAAAGGUUAGAGUUGAAGUGUGGAGAUCUCUUACGAUGAUGAAGUUGCACGGUCUUAUAAUCGAAACCCGAAGUGCCGAUAUAAAGAUAGAAUUG